AUGUCAGAUUCGGAUUCUGAUGUUGACGCUAAGGUUAAGAGAAGAAAAACCGAAUCAUCUGAUGAUGAUGAUUCCUCAUACGGAGACGUUGAAGCUGAGUUUCUUUUCAAUGAUCCUUGCUCAGAUGAUUUAGAUGGAAUUUUUACAUUGAUACAGGGUAAAAUAAAAUCACUUGAUUGGAAUUUACCGAAAUCCGUAAAUAAGGAUUUAUACCUCUAUUUAUCGGAACUAGUAUCCAACCAACCAAAUAUCGGCACUUUAAUAAAGGUUGAAGACGAGGAAGACAGUUACGUGAUGGCAGUUUUAUCACUUUUGAAUAUAAAACAAUAUGAAGGGUUAGAUAGUUUGGUAGAAGCAGUUUUAAAGAAAGCUGAAUCUCAAUGUGACAAAAACGAUCUCAAAAGUCUCAGGGAUGUUCUAUUAGACGAAAAGAAUCAAGUUGGUUUAUUAAUAAAUGAAAGAAUGGGAAACGUUCCAUCACAAUUACUGGGAAAACUCCAAGAAUGUGUUAAGGAAGACAUUAAAUGGUCGAGAGAAAACUCAGAAGAUGAAGAUGAAAAGAAAUUCUAUAAUUUUACCCACAUCUUGGGAUUAAGUAGGCUAUAUUCACAAAGUCCUAGUGAUAAGUCAAAAUACGAUAAUUUAGUUUACCAAAAACCUGAGGAAAAAUAUUAUUAUGAUAAUUCAUUUGUUAGAUUCAUGUGGCCGACAGGAGAAUCAAAUACAGUAAAAUUUUAUGAAGAUGAUGAUAACAAAAAGCCCACUUCUAAGGUACUCCAAGAAUACAUGUUUGCCUAUUGCCUUAAAUUCGAUCGAUACAAUUUCGUGGUUAAAGAAAUAUCAAAAAACUUUAGAGAAUGA